AUGCACGGCAUAGACUUGACCUCCGACUACCUGAUGCACGAUUUCGCGCACUGCGAUGGGCUGGUCCUGCUGCCCGUCGGGUUCACCGCGUACGUGCUCAACCCGGCCACACGCCGCACCCUGAAGCUUCCCCGGGGCCGUGGCGCCGACCCGCCGCCACGGCAAAAGCCCCUCAGCUUCGAGAUGUGCCACCAGGCGUUUGGCCUUGGGCAAGACUCACGUUCUGGCGCCUACAAGGUGGCGCGCUUCUCGUACUCCUCUUUGCACCUGCUUACGGGGACGUGCAGCUACCGCUCCAUCACGAUGGAAGUGUUCACCAUUGGGACUGAUCGGCACUGGCGUGAGACAGUGACGCGACCGCCAUACCCUGUCCUGGCACGGCGAACAGCGACCUUCUUCAAGGGGUCAGUCAUCUGGGCCAUCGACGAGCGUAACCUCGGGAAGGCGGCGCCGGGUUUCCUCCGUUUCAGCUUGGAAGACGAGGCUUUCGGGGUCAUGCCGCCACCACCUUGCUACCCGAUGUUGGAAUACACCCGGUUCAGUUUAUCCGAGCUGCGCGGGGAGUUGUGCUUGACCUGUGAAGGGGCCAACAUCAGUUCAGUUGAGUUGUGGAUGUGCAACAACGUUGAGAAGCCCAGAUGGGAUCGACGUUACACAAUCGCUGCUCUCAUGUUCAGGCCCCCUGAACUAUGUCCAAUCGCCACAUUUGAUGAUGAGAUUGUGUUCAAGGAACGGGUGUCCUACACGAGACGCUACAAUCUCAAAACCAAAGCUUACAAGGAUCGGUUCUGCAUGGCCAACUUGAGGUAUCACCAUCCAAGCACAGGCAAGCUUGGGUUCCAAAGGAGGAUUUUCUUCUCCUUUGAUGUAAUCCCCUAUGUUCCAAGCCUUAUUCCUGUCUAG